CGUCACGCGCCCCUUCUUCCGGGUUGUCAGCGCGGGAAACAGCUGACAACUCGUGCUGAAUUGAAUGAAUUAGAGAAACAUCGAGCUGCGAUGGAUCCCUCUGAGGUUGAAUUUCUUGCCGAAAAAGAGUUGGUGAAGAUCGUUCCAAACUUCAGCCUGGACAAAAUCUACUUGAUUGGAGGCGACUUGGGUCCAUUUAAUCCCGGCCUGCCUGUUGACGUUCCGCUGUGGCUGGCUCUAAACUUCAAACAGAGACAGAAAUGCAGAAUUAUUCCACCUGACUGGAUGGAUGUUGAGAAGCUGGAGGAAAUCCGGGAACUGGAGAAGAGAGAAGAGGCCUUUACGCCCGUUCCCAGCCCCUAUUAUAUGGAGCUCACCAAGCUGUUGCUGAACCAUGCAUCUGACAACAUUCCCAAAGCCGACGAGAUCCGCACCCUGGUCAAAGACAUCUGGGACACUCGAAUUGCUAAACUGCGCCUGUCUGCUGACAGUUUCAUCAGUCAGCAGGAGGCUCACGCCAAGCUGGACAAUCUGACUCUGCUGGAGAUCAACACCAUCAGAGAGUUCCUCCUGAAUUCUCUGAACUGCAUGUUCAAGCUGCGCUCCAAUCUGCAGGCAGGGUCCAGCGGGAGGACGUUCACGGACUACUGAAGGCUUUAGACGUGGACAAGAGUCCACCUCUUGUGUUAUUUGUGUUUAUUGGAAACUGAUCAAGCAGACUAUUGAUGGGUUAAAAAGCCUGGAACUGAAAAUGUUUUUUGACUUAGUAUUUUUAAAACGGCCACACGUUGUAAGUACAUUUCUAGUCAUUACUUGGAUCUCUCUGUAAUUCUAAAUAUACUUUUUUGUAUUCCAGGAGGAUAUUUUGUUAGUUGAGUUUACUAGAUGAUCAUGGAUCAGCAGGAAGGUGCCAUCAACUAACAAAAGAAACAAAAAAAGGGUCAGUUUUUGUCUGAAAUGAACAGAUAAACACUUUUUAAAAUCCACCUC